CCGAAAAAGCCAGCGUUCAAGCUUCACGAACGACGUCAAUCAUCCAAGAAAAUGGAGCUGAAGGUAAACAACAUCACAAACCCGAACGACCCUUUCAGCCAUUUCCACCGAGGGUUCCUCGUGUCUCCGGUCUCUCACCUCGACCCAUUCUGGGCGCGCGUGAGUCCACAUUCAGCGCGUGAAGAGCAACACCACGCGGCACCGGACAAGGAAGAGCAAAAAGCCAUAGCCGAGAAAGGGUUCUACUUCCUUCCGAGCCCGAGAAGCGGCGCCGAGCCA